AUGCUGUCAACACUGCUUCCCGACAAGGAGCUCACAGGAAGUUCCCGGCUCCUUGAGGAGUCGCCAUUGGUUCACCCUGACGAGUUGCGCACGGCUUUUGCCCUGGCGAUGUCCCACAUGUACAAGAAUGAAGUGCCACUAUACGGGGAUCUGGUGCGCAUUGUGCAGUCUGGCAACCACAGAUUUGUCACCAACGCCAUGGGCAGUAGCAACGACAGCCUCGAUCGCCUCACGCUCGAGCGUCACGGUGCAAUCCGCCUAGGCAAGCCCGUGGAAUUGCACACUGUGCGCCGCAUCUUCGCGCUUCUCGGCAUGCACGCAGUCGGAUACUACGACCUCUCGGUGGCCGGUUUACCCAUGCAUGCCACCUGCUUUCGCCCCGUCGACACGGCGUCGCUGGCCGCCAAUCCAUUCCGCGUGUUCACCACACUGCUGCGGCCUGAGCUGAUUCGUUCCCCAGAAGCCCACGACCUGGCCCUCCGGCUCCUCAAGCGCCGGAAUAUCUUUAGCCAAGAGCUGCUGCACAUGCUGAACGUUGGCGAGGCUGUCGGUGGAUGGUUCCGCGUCGACCAGGCCGAGAUAUUCAUCCGUGAGGCCCUGCGCACCUUCAGCUGGGCUCCCGUCGCUGAGGCUACUCAGACCGAAUAUCAGCUGCUGCAGGCGGAGCACCCCAUCUUAGCCGACAUCGCCAGCUUCCGCACCGCUCACAUCAACCAUCUGACACCGCGUACACUAGACAUUGAUGCGGCCCAAGCCGCCAUGGCAGCGGAGGGCAUGCCUGUCAAAGAUCGAAUUGAGGGCCCGCCCAGGCGCAAAUGGCCUAUACUGUUGCGACAGACAAGCUUCCUCGCCUUGGAAGAGAAAAUUCGGUUCAAAACGCGCGAUAGCAAUAGCGAUCAAUCAUUUCCAGACGCAAGCAACGUCGAGCUUGUGGAUGGAUCUCAUAAAGCCCGUUUCGGUGAGAUUGAGGAACGCGGAGCUGCCGUGACGCCCGCAGGUCGAGCACUCUACGACCAGCUGCUGGAAAGCAGUAUGCAUGCGGUAGGAGAGCAGAGGACAUCACCCGAUGCUGUUGAAGCAGCGCUCGUCGAUACGUUCCGAGCGUACCCCGACACGUGGGAUGAGCUACGAGAACAAGAACUCGUAUACGUCAAGUACAGCUUCUCUGGUAAGCUGCCUUCGACAGCGCAAUUGCCCUCGGAGUCAGGCAGCUCCGUCAUGAGCCUAAUUGAGCAGGGUGUUUUUGAGACUUCACCCAUCACUUACGAGGACUUCCUCCCAUUCUCAGCAGCGGGUAUUUUUCAGUCCAAUUUGAAUCGGAAGCCUCAAUCGCUCCAAGGAGGUGGGCAGUCGGACGUGGAGGGCUUGGAACAUGCCCUAGGAUGUUCCGUUAUUGACCCGGAUGCUCUGUAUGCUCAAGCGCAGAAACAGAGCUUAGAAUCGAGUUUGUUACAGUUGAAAUAUCACCUCACAGCUUCUCAUAAGUUAUUAGAUAGUGAACUUGAAACAAUAUAA